AAAGCGAAUUUUUGCGAAGUUGCAGCAGCAGCCAUGGGAGCUCUGGCUCCAUAUUUUCAUUGGAUUCCUGAAGAUGACCUUUUGCUUAAAAACGCCAUUGAGGCUGGCGCUUCUUUGGAAUCACUUGCAAAAGGUGCAGUUCAAUUUUCCCAAAGAUUUACCGUUCAAGAAUUGCAAGAUCGGUGGCAUGCUCUCCUGUAUGAUACGGUUGUUUCUGCUGAAGCAUCAGCACUCAUAAUUGAGUUGGACCGCUCUGCAUCAACACCGAAAUGUAAUAGGUUUGAGAAUGCAAGGGAAAGUAAAAACUCUGUUGUGUUAAAGAGAAAAACUGAGAGUAUCCGUUCAAGUUACUAUGCUAUGCAUAAGAGGAUCCGUAAUAACCCAUUUGACUCGAUGGAUAUGAACUUUCUUGGCGGAGCUGGUGACAAUGACGAGCCUCAGUCAAUGGAUUGUGCAUUUAUGGAUUCGAUAAGAGAUGCCUUCGGUAAUCAACAAUCAAAUUUCGACAUCAUACAAAAUUGCAUUUCUGAACAUGGGUGUGAUGAUUCCAUUUGGGCUAAUGAUUGUGUAACUGCUUCUCCUGGUUUUCCAAUUGGUCUCCUCAAUCAUAAGGGAGAUGUUCCACUUAGCAGCUUUAAUGUUACUGAGAACUUUCCAGAUGCUGUUGAAGAAAGUGUUGCCCUUGCUGAGAGACAAAGCACUGUUGGGGAAUUGAGUGAAUUGCCAGUUUGUGGAUUAUUUGAAGCUGAGGAUUUAGAAUCUAAUUUUCCUAUGAGAGAUCAAUGUGAUGACAAUGUGAGAAACUCUUCUCGAUUUGAAAACCAGGUCUUGAACUCACCAGUUCCAGAUUGUGACUUGACAUUUCAUGAUCUUGGUUAUUCACCUACUGCACCUGAUAUGCCAGAUUGGAGUACAAUUGGAGAUAUUUCUGUUCCGGCUCUGCCUGAUUUUGAGGAAGAGCAGAAUAUACAGGAUACAUUUGUAGUUCCUAUUGAUGGCAAUUCGAAUAAAAUGGAUGCAUCAGAAUACGACGUUGUAAGUUCAAACUCCAACUUGAGAGACCAUAUGUCAUGUGAUGAACUGAGAAAUUCCGUACCUAGUACUGAUGACUACAUAGCUGGGUUGUCAGCAUCUUUGUUGGACUUUACAGAAGAGGACGAACUGCUAUUCAAUGACCCUGAUGGAAAUGAUACAAUUAAUAAGUCUUAUUAUGAGGGCUUGAGUUCACUUCUCUUGGAUUGUCCUGAUGGUGUGGGUGACUUGACUGUCAAAAGUGUAUCAGAGGCUUCAAAUGCUCCAGACGAAGGGCUUACUAUUCUUGAUGGUUGUCCCAAAGAAUCCGGUGACAAAUGUGUGUACAAUUAUAGUGAUAAGCCUCCAGGUUCCAAUUCAGACUUUCAAAUGCUAUCCUCCGCAUUAACUGUCAAUCCGGCUUUUCCUGAAAUGCGUGGUGGAGUUAUUUGCUGCGUAUUAAGCACUGAGGACCCAGAUGUUCCUAGCAAUGAUGAUGUUUUUCUUCCUGUUCUAAUGCCGUCAACAUCAUUUCCGUCAAUGGCACAUUGGAAAUAUGAUGAGACGUAUCAUCCAUUAUCCUCGUCUGCGAAAGAUUUGUCAAAUAAUCAGAAGGGCAAUGAUGGACGAGCUGUCUUGAAGAAAAAGGAGCAAAAUUGUUAUUCAGAAUACAGUAAUUCAUAUCAGAUGAAUGAACCACCAUCACAGGCCGAAAUGUUCAGUCAUGAUCACAAAGUUAAGCAUGAGUUGCCCAAUGAGAAUAGUCAACAUGUGGUGCAAAGGAAUCUGCAGACUCCUGAUUGUCCAAGGCCAGUCAUUUCAGGAAACUUAAGUGCAGUAAAUGCCUGUCAAGGAGAUUUUAAAGAAAAUACCGCAAAGGAUGGACAGGGUAAAAAUCUCAGUUGGACUUAUGCUGCUGAUGCGUCCAAGUGCUUGGAGAAAAAUGCUAUUUGCACAAAGGAACAUGACACUACCACCAUCCUUCAAAAGAAUGGACCUACACUUGCUGAAACUGUUCUCAGGAAAACUACAAUCCCUGAAGCAAGUGCAAACAAUAGUUCAUCAGAUUCGGAAGAUCUUCUUUAUGAGAGCGAUGAGGACAUACCCUACUUUUCUGAUGUUGAAGCUGUGAUCCUUGAUAUGGAUUUGAGCCCUAAUGGACAGGAUAUGUAUUCCAGUAAGAGAGCCAAAGAGUAUCAGCAUGAAGAUUUUAUUAGAAAGAUCAUCAGGCUAGAGCAGGCUGAUCAUGCUUGUAAACAGAGAAAGAUUGCUGCGCGUGGAGCUUUUGCUGUUUUAAUUGGCUUUCACUCAAAGCAUUUUAUUAGAAAACCAGAGGUGCUGCUGGGAAGAGAAUCUGUAGAUGUAAAAGUUGACAUCGACUUGGGCAGAGAAGGUCGUGAUAAUAAAAUUUCUAGGCGACAGGCAACUAUAAAGAUGGACAUGCAUGGACUAUUCCAUUUGCAGAACAUUGGAAAAUAUCCAAUUCAUGUGAAUGGUAAAGAAGUACUUCCGAAACAAAGUCUAACCCUCACUUCUGGUUCCUUUAUUGAGGUGAGAGAAGUUAGGUUCAUAUUUGAGAUUAAUCAAAGUCAAGUAAAACGAUAUAUGGAGGAAAGCCAAAGUCAGGAUAUGAAAGCUUGAGCAAUUCUUGACACAG